AUGUACAGGUAUCAGGUAUUUCCUGGAGAAACAAUGACAAUGAAAGUGGGAUCAAAUACAAAAGACGUAAAAAUUGGUCUCCACGCCGUGAAAGAUCGCAAGUUAAUUGUCAAGGACGGGGAAAUAACCGAUUUCGGAAAAAAAAAAUUUGGUGAUCUACUAUCGUUUGAGGGUGGAGUCUUCAAAAUCAAGGAUGUGUCGCAGCAAAAUGCCGGUGGUUAUUCCUACAGUUUGAAAGGAAAUCCGAAGAUGCCAAUGAUGAAUGUUGUAUCUGUGUUUGAAAUAUGA